AGAAGUGCGCACUCACUUCCUGAUGGAGUUGUUGCGAAGAAUAAAAAUACACAUUUACCCAUCCUGCUAGACCAGUUAUGUUCGACUGUCGACGUGAGAGCGAAACGCCACUUUUGUUUAAAGGACGUUGUUGAUGGAGUUUUUGUUCAUGAAUAAAAGACAUCGCCACGUCCAGAGAGCCGGUGCUGGUGAGCUAAAAAAGCCCCGUUGGUGGCUGACGUGAGCUAGUAAUGUCUCUGUCCACCGAUAUGCUCGAGACACCCCCUGGAUAUCCAUUUGAGGAGAUUAAUUAUGAAGACAUUGACGUGGAGGAGGUAGUGGGACGAGGAGCUUUUGGGGUGGUUUGCAAAGCCAAGUGGAAAGGCAAAGAUGUUGCAAUCAAGACUAUUGAAAGUGAAUCGGAAAGAAAAGCAUUUAUUGUUGAGCUCCGACAGCUUUCACGUGUAAAUCACCCUAAUAUUGUGAAGUUGUAUGGCUCGUGCAAUAAUCCAGUCUGCCUUGUGAUGGAAUAUGCAGAAGGUGGAUCACUCUACAAUGUGCUGCAUGGUGCUGAACCCCUCCCCUGUUACACUGCUUCCCAUGCCAUGAGCUGGUGUUUACAGUGCUCCCAGGGUGUGGCCUACCUCCAUGGCAUGAAACCAAAGGCUCUCAUCCACAGGGACCUCAAGCCACCCAAUUUGCUGCUUGUGGCUGGCGGCACUGUGCUUAAGAUAUGUGACUUCGGAACGGCAUGUGACAUUCAGACUCAUAUGACCAACAACAAAGGAAGUGCAGCAUGGAUGGCUCCAGAGGUAUUUGAAGGCAACAAUUACAGUGAGAAGUGUGAUGUAUUCAGCUGGGGGAUAAUUCUCUGGGAAGUGAUCACACGCAGGAAGCCCUUUGAUGAAAUUGGAGGACCGGCUUUCCGUAUUAUGUGGGCAGUGCACAAUGGCACAAGACCACCGUUAAUCACAAAUUUGCCCAAGCCAAUUGAGAGUUUGAUGACCCGCUGUUGGUCAAAAGACCCCUCUCAGAGGCCUUCCAUGGAAGAGAUUGUGAAGAUCAUGACUCAUCUUAUGAGGUACUUUCCUGGAUCUGAAGAACCCCUACAAUGUCCGUACCAGUAUUCAGAUGAUGGACAGAGCAGCUCUGCAACUAGUACAGCUUCAUAUGUGGACAGCACCAGCAACAAAAGUGAUGCAAACAUUGAGCACAGUGAUUCUCAAGGGAGCAGCGACACCAUUAAGAUCACACCGCAGUUUCCGUCUCACUUCAAGCCAAAGUGUGAGCCAUUGAGGACUCUGCCUCUUUCGAGAGGAGGCAGUUUUGAAAGUCUGUCUGUGCGAACACAAGGCUUGACACCAUCCGACAGUAAACGAAUGAGUGCUGACCUUUCAGAACUGGACCCCAACACAGCACGCCCCCAGUAUAAACGAGGCCAUCGUAAAACAGCGUCACAUGGCACCAUCCUGGACAUUCCCAAGAUCGUCGUCACAGCCACGUGUGAGCCUCAGAGACGUCGCUCCGUACAGGAUUUGCCAGGCAUUGGCACAGAGUCCUCCCAGGGAUGCAGAAACAGCAGAGGUUACAUCUCGCCUGAUGAGCCCAAAGACACCAAUGGCUCAGACAAUUCCAUUCCCAUGGCUUACCUCACGCUUGAUCAUCAGCUUCAGCCCUUAGCGCCUUUCCCCAACUCAAAAGAAUCCAUGGCUGUUUUUGAGCAACACUGCAAAAUGGCUCAAGAAUAUCUGAAAGUGCAGACAGAGAUUGCUCUGCUGAUCCAGAGAAAAAAAGAACUAAUUGCUGAACUGGACCAAGAUGAGAAGGACCAGCAGAACACAUCCCGUCUGGUGCAAGAGCAUAAAAAACUACUGGAAGAAAACAAGAGUCUGUCCACAUACUACCAAAAGUGCAAAAAACAGCUGGAGCUGAUCCGGGUCCAGCAGCAGAAGAGACAGGGGACAUCGUGAUGACAUUUCCCAUCAUAGACGUGAUAUGAACUCCUGCCAUUCAACACAAACAAGUAUAUAAACAAACUCAUAACAGUUCCCAGUCCAGUGCUGAUGUGCCUUGCAUGUCGCACACUGUAGUCGCUUUGCCUCUGUCCAACAGGAAGGUGUCUUCUGUACAUAUAUUGCACAUCCUCACAGUGUAUUCUGUGAUUGUCGACCAAACAAUCACUGGCCUGCUGGGUUUCAGAAUGGAGCUUUGCAUCUAUUGCGGCCUUGUAAAAUGGCAGGCUGCUGAAGGCUGGAUUGUGUAUUUCUACAUGUUGCUCUCAGGGCCUCUUGGAUGACCAGUUGAUGUUUUUUUCAUUCCUCAGCAUCCUCUGGGGGACUCAGUAACAAUUUAGCAGCCAAUAGACACGCUGUCCUCAAAUAUGUGAAAAAAGCAAGAAGUUCAGCAACAAGUUCUAUUGCAGAAUUCUGAGAAUAUGGGGGAUGCCUGUUGUGCAAAAGAUGCACCCUGUAUCACAUAGUAUUUCAUCUUCCACCUCCUGUACCAACACAUUUUCCUUUCAUGUAUCUUUGUUCUAAAAAUGACUUUAUUGCCAUAUAUAUACAUAUAUACAGUACAGGCCAAAAGUUUGGACACACAUUCUCAUUUCAAUGCGUUUUCUUUAUUUUCAUGACUAUUUUCAUUGUAGAUUGUCACUGAAGGCAUCAAAACUAUGACACCUGUGAAGUGAAAACCCUUUCAAGUGACUACCUCUUGAAGCUCAUCGAGAGAAUUCCAAGAGUGUCCAAAACAGUAAUCAGAGCAAAUGGUGGCUAUUUUGAAGAAACUAGAAUAUAAAACAUGUUUUCAGUUAUUUCACCUUUUUUUGUUAAGUACAUAACUCCACAUGUGUUCAUUCACAGUUUUAAUGCCUUUAGUGACUAUCUACAAUGUAAAUAGUCAUGAAAAUAAAGAAAACCUAUUGAAUGAGAACUUUUGGCCUGUACUGUGUGUGUGUGUGUGCGUGUGUGUGUGUGUGUGCGUGUGUGUGUGUGUAUGUAUAUAUAUAUAUAUAUAUAUAUAUAUAUAUAUAUAUAUACGGCAAAAACACAAAAAUAAGCUUUCAUCGCAAAUUAGACAAGCUGUGGAUUCCACAAAAAUAAUUUGAGUGUAUGCCAGUGUUGGUUUUUUUAUUGUACAUUUUUUUAGUCCUUUUUUAUUCAGUAGUUGACCUUUUUCUUUUGGACAUAUUUUAUGGGGGUGUGGAAAUAAUAGAGAGCCUGUACCUUGUAUACAGUACGUUGUUUUUAGUUCACAUGUUGCCUUAGAAGUCGCCCGCUUGACUUGCAUUGUAGACAUUUAAUGAAAUGUAUGACAAAAGCGUAGUUGAAUGAAACAG